AUGAUCAACACCAACAGGAUCGCUCAGUUGGCCAAAAAGUGGCAGAAGGUGGCAGCGCUUGGGAGGAAGCGCCUCACCCAGGGGGCGGCGCCAGCAGCAAAGGAAGUCUGCACUUCCGUGGCGAGCAAGGGCCACUGCACAGUGUACACGACUGACGGGGCACGGUUCGAGGUGCCAUUGGCGUGCCUCGGGAUGGCAGUCUUCGCCGAGCUCCUGCAGAUGUCCAAGGAGGAGUUCGGCUUCACGGGCGGCGACGGCAGGAUCACGCUGCCCUGUGAUGCCAUGGUUAUGGAGUACGCCUUGUGCGUGCUGAGGAGGGGCGCCUCUUCGGAGCUGGAGAAGGCGUUCCUGAGCACCAUGGCAAUAUCGUGCCACUCUGCAAACCACGUGGCGCCGUAUGUGGCAGCUUGA